CAGUAGGUAUUUGGAUACCUGUUUUGGCAUUGACUGGUGCAGGUCAUCUAUAUUAGUACCCAACACCUACUCCGUACUGUUGAUGAUAUAUCGGGCUGGCAUAUUUAUUAGCUGGCAGUGCUACGUUGUGACGUGGUCCAUCAGUGUCAAGCCAAUUCAAGUCCCCAGGGAAACAACCAUGGACGCCACCAAGACAUUGCCAGCUUCGUGGUAUACCUCACAGAAUCUGUACCAUCUUGAACAACGCGCCGUCUUCUACAAGUCAUGGUACCUCGUCGGCGCCGUACCCCGAUUCGCGGUCGACCAUGAAGUCGACUUCGAGUUCGCCGGCGUCACCGUCGUCGUCCGCCACGAUGGCAAUGAAAACUUCACCGUGACCAGGAAAUCUGAUGGUCUCGAGCUCGACCACUACCUCACACCCACGGGCCUACUUUUCACCACCGUCGACCCCUCCGCCCCGUCUUUCUCGCAAUGGUUCCCGGCAUCGCUUCUCGAAUUGCUCUCGGGCUACAACUUCCGCCGCCUUCCGCACCGCCGCACCAUCAAAUACCCCGGCCGCUUCAACUGGAAGACCAUGGUCGACGGGUACCAAGAGUGUCUGCACUGCCAGUACACUCAUCGGUCGUUUAGCGUGAAAUACCCGCCGACGUUUUACGAGGUGCACAACCACAACACCUACAGCCGGCACAUCGCUGACCCAGCGAAUCCAAACGACGGCCUCUUCUUGUUCUUCUAUCCCAUCUGCACGCUGAACUUGUACGGCGGUGGGAUGAGCAGUUUCCGUGUGUGUCCCGGCGAAAAGGUCGGCGAUACGCGCAUGGAGUUUGAUUAUUACUUUGAUGAUGGCAAGGGUGGGACGGAAGGGUUCGAGGAGUAUUUCAAGUUCGUGCGCAAGGUUGCCCUGGAAGAUUACGAGUUGUGCGAGGUCGCGCAGAGUAAUCUCGAAAGAGGGAUUUAUUCGCAAGGGGUGUUGAAUCAGAAGAAGGAGAGUGGUGUUCUUCAUUACCAGCAAUUGACGAGGAAGAUGGUCGUCGAGAAGUUCAAGGAGGAAGAGGCCGAGAAGAAUGCGCUGACGCCAGCGAGUAGUAGAGCGAGUGUAGGGUAUGUGAGUGGGCAAGACGAUGUGUCGGUCUCGGCAUGAGAUGAUGGUGGUUGAUUUAGCGGUUCUAUCAGACAUCAUGGCUGGCAGUGGCCGUGGUGCAUACUAUACCAUACAGUGCAGAUCCAACGCGGUUCUUAGAAGGUGACUUGCUCGAAGGUGUCGAAGCAGAGUCUGAGGUAUUCGGAUUGACGAAAGACGCUGGCCUUUACUUGCCAGCAUUGUUGGCAGAUAGUAUCUGUCUCCAUACGUUGUCGCCAUGCAUGUCCAUUUCGCGUCGAUCAUUAGGUAGCAUCUGUCUCCAU